AUUUCUUAAUAUUUUGUAUUUAAUUUAAUUAAAAAAACUAAAUAUGAAUAUCAACUUAAUAAUUAUGGCCACAAUUAUGGUCAUUGUGUUGACGAUUACUACUACAGCUAAUGGUAUGAAAAUAAAUCAAUAUUAUCAGUCAGACGACAGUGAAGUCGAGUUUGUGACCGGAUCUCCAAAUGAUAGUCCCAGUGGUGGUCCGCGAAGUAUAUUCAAAGAUUGGAUGAAAUUUAUUCAGGGAUUUUUCUCAGAUGGCAAUUGGGAUAAUGGUGGUCCGUCUAAUUUUGGCCAAUUUAUUGGCAAUCAAGUGUCCAAAUUGAUUGAAAUGCUUACCAGAGAUGAUAAUUGGUUUAAUAGAAGUUAA